AUGUUCUUGAAACCUUUUUCGUUCGAUUUCCAAUUUACUUUUCAUUUAAGAACGAUAUUGCUUCUGCUAAAGUCAUCACCUCAUCGCAAGUUUAAUAGUGGGAAAUUAAGCAAAAUAAGGGCACCAAUCAUAGGAAGUAUAAUGUCAAUCACAAGGGAGAAUAUAAGAGAAUUGGUAGAUAACAUAGAUUCUCAAUUUGUUGAACCUUAUUCUGAAUCCAAACACCUAAGAGAAAUAUCUUCAACUACCUCAUUACAAGAUUCAACACCAAUUUUAGAACUAUCUAAAUUGGCAAAAAUAAUUAAAGCUCAUUCAACAAAAGUUGGUAUCGUUUGUAAUCCUGAUAAAUUCUAUAAAGAUUCAAACAUCAAUCCAAUAUUUAAUGAACUAAAAAAUUUUACAAACUCCAUCUUUUAUCUGUUAUCAUUAUUGCCAUUAUUUUAUUCAAAUAAAGAUGAUUUAUACACUGAAAAAUUCUUACAAUCCUUAGAUGAUCUCAUAUUAGGUUUACUUAACGGUGUAUCUCUUUUAUCAAAUGAAUUGAAUUUAAUGCUAGCCAAUGAUGAAGAUGCCCAAACCAAUUCAAAAGAUAAAGAAGAAAGUGGUGAUAGAUUGGUAUCCAUUGGUAUUAUUUGGGCCUCUUGUGAUAAUUUAGAUGCCUUGGCCAAAAAGGGCAGCUCAGGUUUACUAUGUGAAAAUAUUCAUAACAAUAUCGACCUUUUAAGUGAUGUUUUAAAUGAUGUCAAUGAUUGGUUAGAAGAGCCAGAAUUUGGUGGAGAUGAUAUGAUACUAGGUGAUGACGAUGAUCUAGAAGAAAAUAUGGAAAAUUUAACUAUAACUAGCAAAACUGAAGAUAGAAAAUCAUUGAUAUUAGAGCAAAUGACACAAUUCAUGGAAGAAUGGCAAAAUAAUAUUAAAUUAAUAAAGUUAUUAUUAUCAUCAUUUACAAAAUCUAUUUCACAGUCUUCAAAAUCGAGUUAUAAAGCAACUAAUUUAAAUAGUUUGGAAACGUUGCACUCUCAAGUCAUUGAAAAUGUUGAUGAAUUAAUCUCUGAUAUCUUCAUGUCAGAUGAAACUUUCCAAAAAUCAGAUUUUGAAGAAAAUAUUCAAACUUUAAAUAAAGUAUUGAAAGAUAUGGUUAGUGUCAUCAAAAAAAUUAAUAAAACUGACCCAAAGAAAUCAAAAUGGAUAGAAGUUUGGGAACUAAAAUAUUUCGAAAAUCAAUCUAAAAACUGA